AUGCCGGCGGGAGAUUGGUGGAUCGUCGAUCCAGUGGAAGGAAAUAUUAAUCAUAUCCACGGGCGGAAUGGUUGGGGUGUGACCGCUACGCUAAUUCGGGACGGCGCAGCGGUGCUCACCGUUGCAACGGUUCCACUGGCCGGGGAAAUCUACACGGCUAUUGAAGGCAACGGUGCUUUUCUGAAUGACGUUGCGCUUGUUACUUCAGCGAAGCGGGAGCUGAACGCCGCGAUUGUGGGGACCUUAGAAGUCAUGCUGGCAAAUGCGUUGCUCGUUCGCAUGUCGGUUCCCUCUACCCUCGAAUUGCUCGAAGUCGCAUCAGGAAAGAUCGAUGCGUUCUGGCAGUUCAGCCAAAUUCGCUCCGGCCUUGCUUCGGGCGCUCUUUUGGUUAAAGAGGCAGGCGGAAGUGUGUCUGAUUGCCGAGACAGAGGUGACAGGGUCCGAGCCAUUUCUCGUCAUCCGCCUGAGCAGCGGUCAGGUGUAGAGCCGUAUGCAGCUGACGUAACUGAUCGUGAUGCCACAAACGUGGCACUCGCAUCCCCCUUCGAUGCCGUAUUUUUCACCGUCGACAUUCAUGGUCUGACACAGUCCCGCGAGUCUAUUCGUGCUGUGAUGUAUGAUGGGUGUGUCAACGUGAUGAACGCGGCGCUGGCGGGUGGAGCCAAGCGUUUCGUACUGCUUUCCGUCAUAGGUGCCGAUCAACCAUCGUGGGUGUGGUGGAUUUUGAACUCCUUGAAGCGCGGGAUGCAGCGAAAUAUCGUCGACCGGGAACAAGCCCUGAAAGCGUCUGGGAUGCCAUAUGUCAUCAUUCGCGCACCAAAGCUUAAAGACGGGCCUGUAGGCACUGUGCCCCUCGCGGCCACGCCGUCUCGGCAUCGACUGGAUAUGAAGUUGGGUAUUUUUCGAUCUGAACUGGCUAUGGCGCUUCUCGCUGCAGCUGACGGAGCUCCGAAAAACUCUCAGUGGGACGUGUUUACCGCCGAGGCCGGCCCGCCGGUAUCCGGCCGCCUAGAUAGCGAUGCCUCUGUUCUUCCCCUUGCCGCCACGGCCGAAGGGAAGCCCGUGGCCGACGCUUUCGCAGAUGACGGGGCACUCUACAGCCCUGAACAUUCGAAAUCGAUAGCACUGCACACUGCAGAAAUUCGUAGCGUCGUCCGUUUCAGCCGUGCUUUG